AUGACAAUCGGGUCGCUCACCCAGCUUCUCAAGGGCCAAGGUCGCAGCGGUACCUUGCAGGACGGUAUGAAUACCACAGUCGGUAUUAUCACAAUCAGGUAA